AAUUUUAUUUUAAGAAAUUAAAAAAUUACAGUUUUUAUAAUUCACAGACAAUACAUAAAACAGAUAAAGCAGUAAAUGUUAAUAUAAUUUAAGGCAAAUAUCUAAAAUUGCUCUACUUGAAACUUAAAACACACAGAAUUAAAAGGGCAAAGCUUUUUCCACAUGGUGUUUGAAGUCUUCACAGCACAAUCUUGAAAGAACUGUGGAAAACCAAAACACAAUAAAAGGUAGAUUAAAUAAAAUUUCAUCGGGUGUGAUCUAUUUAAGUGAUUACACUCAAAACAUUUGUAGUUACCUGACAAAAUCUGGUGAUCUUGAAAUGACAUGCUGAAACUCUGAGAGGUUAACAGUUCCAUCUUUGUCAAUGUCUGACUCCUCAAGAAUCUAAAGAGCAAGGUAAGGAAACACCGUUAGUCUUGCAACCAAACUUUUAAAAAUUUGAUAAGCCACAGAUAGAUAUAUGAAUAGAUAGGCAGAUACAUAAACACUCCUUUCAAUUAUAAUGCCAUAAAUGAAAAACAUUCACAAAAGCUUACAUUGCCAAUGAGCUGCCUCAUUUCUUCAGUUGUAAGUCUAGUGUCAUCUGUCUCACCAGUUAGGCAGUUGACUAGUUUCUCCAGAUCACCAUAAUCAAGAGUUCCAUCAUCAUCAAAGUCUGUGAACAAAAAUAUUGCUCUCAGCCCAAAAAUUAUCUCAAUGUUUUAAAAUAAUAAAAAUUUCACUUUAUUUACCAAAUAUGCGGAAUGCAUAAUGGGAUUUAAUUUCCAGAGUAGCGGAGUCACUGAAGGCACUCAAAAGGUCCAGAAAGUCUUCAAAUGUGAGACUUCCAUCUUUCUGCUCAGAGGUGGAGAAAACGUGGCAGAUUCGUUUCCUGAAAGGGUUUGACUGUAAGAGGAAAGGUGCAAGGGUCAGUUAGGUUUAUCAGUGCUUGUAGCACUUCCUCAAAGACACAUAAAAUGUGACACAGAACACCAAAGCAGUCCUCUGACUAAAAGUAUAAUUUUUUUGACUUAUAAAUACACAUGUUCACCUUCAGUUCUGGCAGAGUUAAAAUCCUCUCCAUUGGCACCCUGGUAUUUGGGAGAUUUUUCUCAUCUUUUGUGAGCAGUUCAGUGAAUCUCUUCUGAGCACUAAAGAAAGAUAACAUUUGUAAAAAAGCAGAGGAAAUAUAAUAUAAUAAUGUAAAUAUUUGUAGAGUGGUGUGUAGCUUAUAACUCACAGGAGAAUUUCUUGUUUUGUCAGGAAUGUCAGCUCCUAUAAGAACAAAAUAGAUUAUUACCAUUUGCACAAGUACAGGACAGCACAGGUACAUCAGGAUUUUUGUCUCUAUGUCUCCAUAGCUAGCUCUAAAGGUGAUAGAUAUCAUUAUAACAUUGGCAAAAGUCACAAAUCAAAUCAACAGUUCAGUUUUAAAAUAGUUUAUGUAUGACCUCCUCUGAAAAUGCACCCAUGUAUGCGUACUAGCAACAUUAGCUUCUCUCCUCAGCAAAACCCAUGACUAUUUAUAGUUCGGGAAAAUCCCACUUACAAUGUAUUUUGAGAUAUACUGAAACAUCUGACCGAAUAAUUAAUAAAGACGAAGUGGCGAUGAGAACGUAGUAAUUACGUUCUCUUGGUUUCCAUCGACUGCUCUAAACUUUAAGGACUCCACAAACUUUAACAUCAAAACUAAGUUUAUUGUCUUCGCAGACUUCCUUUUUAGGUACUUACUUGGUAUUCCGACAGCAAAUCUUUCCCGAGUUGACUUGCUGUAGUGCCCAUCCUGAAAUGAUCGACUUGAAAAUGUACUUUUGUUGACGCCAACGCUCAGCGAACUAAACAACUACUUUGUUUUACAUGGCGUACUUCCGGGAUCACACCAGUGCGUUCUCUUUCCUGUCUCAGGUUACGUAAUGGUUCCCAUGGUGACGAACUUGCAAACAGCUGACAAGAGUAGCAAAAAGUUUGAACAGGUGUUUCACUGUGUAGUAAAGCUUUUUUAAAAAACACUAUCAGUAGUAUAAAACACUAUUGAUUUGCCACAUUUCCCUACGAGAGACGUCGAUACUGCUGUACUUUAGCUUAUGUUUCAGCUUUGCUUUUCAAACUACCACAUAAUUACAUUUACCCAUCCGUUAAUUCCUUUAUUUAUUUGCUUAUUAGAGAUUUAAUCUCAAGAUUUAAUGGGGGAAAGUAGCUAAAAAACCUGGAAGAAAUAUAGCAAUAAAGAAAAGGUACUGAUUGUGUCUGUUAUAGCUGAGCAUAUUACCUGACAUGUAUAUUAUAGCAGAGUGUAUUACCUGACAUGCAGGUGCCAAACCCACUCUUUACUAUAGUAUAAUCCAUAAUUAAAUUGUUCCCAAAAGUCUAAAGGUAUUGCUGUGAAAUAAUAAACUUUUGUAGGGUCUGGAGCAUUAGAUCAAAUGUGUAAAAUGAUUCCUCCCUCUGUGAUUUUAAAUUCACAUCUUGAGUCUAUUUUCCUUGAUAUUGUUUAGCAGUGUGUCCAUUUAAUGUACAACUUUUUCUGAUAUAUAUGUGUAUAUAUAAUUUAGUUUUAAUUCCCUGAGGGAACAUUCUCAAAAUGAUCAGUCAGGUUCUAUCUAAUCUACUCUCUAAUCUAAUCUAUAAACUAAAUAAAAUGGAAGAGCUUUCGUGAAGUUUUAGUGUUCUACAUCAAAAUUUACUGUUCAACCAAAUGUUUCUGGGUUAAUCCUUUAAUCAUGUCUGAAAUGCAUCAUUUUGGAACAUUUUCAUGCCAUUUACUGUCAGUUAUAAAAAACUUCCAAAAACAAAUCAAAAUAAUAUCUGAAACAAAUGUACCAAUCUUCUUUAUUUUACUCUGGAUUACAAACAAACAUCUUCAUUUAUUUUUUUGUCAUAAACUAAAAAAAUCAGGGAAUAAUUACUUUUUUUUUCAUCCCAAAAUUUGCAUCCCGGGAAUGACAAAGUUUACGAGUAUACAAACAUCCUAAAAUAACAUUUGAUUGUACCAAAAAAACAAAAAAAAUGUGCAGCUUCUGUUCAUAGAGCAUUGAGUACUGUUUUUGUGAAUGACACACAAUGAUAAUUAGAAAAACAUUUUGACGAGCAGCCCAGGGGAUGAUGAACUGAUAUCCAGAGAGGGAAGAGCUAUGCUCCUGGAUUUGUCUCCCAGUCUGUUGUAUCUGAAACACACAUACAAAGAGAGAAUGGUUCUUAACACAACAAAUCAUAGUUUACUUUUUCCCCAUUUUGACUAAACACUACAACUUUAUAUGUUUGUACCUGUCAUUUUUGUUCCCUCCUUUGUCUCAGCUGGAACUCCAAGCCCAUACUCGUUUUCAGCAGUGAUUCUAAAGAAGUAGAUCCCUCCCUCUUCCAGGUCAGACAGCCUGUAGGACAGUCGGCGGCAUUUGUCUGUGAGUCUCAUCCACCCUUUUCUGCUGAUAUCCCGAAUAUCUACAUGGUAAUUCUUGACAGGGGCUCCUCCCUCAUUCUCUGGGAUAUCCCAGCAAACAGUUGCCGAGUUUUUCGUCACAUCUUUCACGGCUAUAUUUGUUGGUGGACCAGGUGAAUCCAAAACCCUCACAUUUAGCGUCAAAGAGACAGACCCAGCAGCAUUUUGCAGUUUGACCUUGUACUUGCCAGAGUCAUCACGUGUUGCUCCUUCCACUGUGAUAGAAGUCACAGAGUUGCUGGUGUUGAUCAACCCUCUGACUCUCAAAUCCACAUCGGCUUUGUCCCAUGUCACACUAGGGACAGGUUUGCCUGUGAAAGGCACAGUCAAAGUGAAGGAGCUGCCAUAUUUGACAGGAAGGGUUUUCCUCGUCUCAGGGCUAACAUCAAACCUUGGUUCCUCCUCUCUUUCCAUCGCUACUUCAGGAUCUGUUUCAGGACUGGGCUCACUGAUGCCCACCUUGUUGAUGGAUCUGACGGUAAAAACAUACGCUGUCCCUGAUGUAAGUCCAGUGACAGUUAACUCUGUUUUAUCUGUGUUAUGGACAGCAACAGUCCAAUCUUCCUCUGAGGGUUUCCUGUAUUCAACUUUGUACCCAGUAAUGGCUGCUCCACCAUCAAACAGCGGUCUGUUCCAGGACAGAGAAAUGGACGACCUUGAUGAGUCAAUUAUUGUGGGUUUGGCAGGAGGGGAAGGUAGAAACUUAGGAUCCUCUGCGAGAGUGAGUGGGCAUGGGGAACUUGGUUCACUUAACCCUGCAGCAUUCUCAGCAAAAACUCUGAAUUCAUAUUCACAUCCCUCAUGCAGGCAGGUGGCUUUGACACGUAGGUCAUAAACUGGUUUCUUAUUGACACGAACCCAGCGGACACCCUGUUUCUCCCUCUUCUCUAUGAUGUAACCACUGAUUCGGCUAUUUCCAUCAGAGGCAGGUCUCUUCCAGCAGACAGUCAUAGAAUCACUGGUUACACUUGUGACCUCAACAUCCAAAGGAGCAGAAGGGAUGGUAAAGGGAUCAGCUGCCUUGAUAGGCUCACUUUCCAGAUUCUCCCCUUCUCCAUAUUUGUUAACUGCCCUUACCCUAAAGAGGUAUUCAUUUCCUCUGAGCAAUUUGGUUAUUUUGCAAGUGGUUGCCAUCAUGUCACCAUACAUAACGAUCCAAGCUACACGGCUGGUUUCACAUUUCUCGAUGAUGUAGUACAUGAUCUCAGCGCCACCAGUCUCAUGCGGGGGCCCCCAUGACAGAGUGCAUUUCUCUGCUGAGAGUCCAGACACUUCCAGAGGUCCAGCAGGUGGUCCUGGUCUAUCUAGGACCUUGCAGGUAACAGCUCUGGAUGUUGUACCCCCUGUACUCUGUAAGGUCAGAGUAUACUGUCCAGAAUCUUUCCUAACACUCUCUCUGAUAACUAGAGAGGUAUGUGUCUUUGUUGCUGUUAUUCCAACUCUUCCCUCUGUCCCAAUAUUUCUACCAUUCUUCAGCCAAAACACUGUUGGGUAGGGGCGGCCAGAGAUGUCAGCAUCUAUUCUUAGGAGUUCCCCUGCCUUCACAACAACCACUUGUCUAAAUUUGUCCUCCAUGACAAGUUUAGGUGGCUCCACAUCAUGCUGCACUGUAACAGGGCCAGUUGUUUCAGAAGGUGCACUCAACAAAUCAGCUGAAUUUUUGGCAAUCACACGAAAAUCAUACUGUUCACCCUCUGUGAGGCCAGUCACCUCCAGGCAAGUAUCCAGUAAAUUUGUGAAGUUGCAUUUAAGCCAGCAACUAUCUGGCAGCUCCUUCCGCUCAACAAUAUAGCCAGUUAUUUUAGCACCACCAUCAUACUCUGGUUUCUCCCAAGAUAGGGAAACUGAACUAUUGGUUAUAUUAGUAACUGUGAGGCUUCUUGGGGGAUCACACUGGUCUCUAGCUGCUACAGGCUCAGACGCCUUACUACAUGGUCCAACCCCAGCUAUGUUCUCAGCAGAGAUCCGAAACUCAUAAGUCAAACCUUCUUCAACGCUUGUUACCUUAAACUGGUUCUCAGUCACUGGAUUUCGGUUUAACUUCGUCCAUAAAAUACUGCUUUGAUCUUUGCUUUCAAUGUGAUAACCAAUAAUAGGGCUACCACCAUCGCUAUCUGGCCUGCUCCAUGCAACCAUCAUGAUAGACUUUGAAGCACUUGGAACACAGACAUUCAAUGGGGCACCAGGAGGCUUAAAGGGAUACUGAGCAACAACAGGUUCUGACUCAAUGAAUUGGCUUUUGCCAUGGCGGUUCUCUGCAGCAAUGCGAAACUGGUAUUCGGUGCCCUGUGUUAGACGGGAAAUCUUGAUCGAUGUUCUGGCAACUGUAGCUGACACUGUCUGCCACACUGUGCUGCUUGUGUCUCUCUUCUCAACAACAUAGUUACCAAUUUGACAUCCCCCUGUAUAAUGUGGGAGCUGCCAGGACAAAGACACAAAGUCAGCACUCACUUCAUCCACACUGAGGUCACUUGGUGGUCCAGGUCUUUCAAAAACAUUCACAAGGAUUUCAGUGGAGGUGGCUCCUGUCAAGUUGGCCACAGUCACCUCAUACAUGCCAGCAUCCACUCUGGUUGCAUCUUUGAUAAUUAACUGGGAUGAUGAAUCAGAUGUUUGCACAUUAACCCUGCUUGUUUCUUUGAGUGGGUUGCCAUCUUUCUUCCAUUCUGCUGUUGGUGGUGGUACACCCUUGAAUGGAACUUCAAUUUUUAAAUCGUUUCCUGCCUUCACACUGAAAGUGUUUGACAUCAAACUGAUAACAGGCAGCGCACUAGAAUCAUGAACUACAACAGGAGCUAACAGAGAUUUUGGUUCACUUCUACCUUUUUCAUUUACAGCACUUACUCUGAAGAAAUACUCAAUUUCUUGUGUUAGCCCAUUAAUUGUCACUUCUUGUGCUUUAGUCUCUGAACAUAUGGCCCAUGUGUCAUCUCCCUUUACCUGCAUUUCUACAACAUAAUAUAGGAUUUUGCUUCCACCAUCAUGAUCAGGCUUUUCCCAAGAGAUCCUUGCACUAUUGCGAGUAACAUCACAGAGUGUGAUUCUGCCAAGAGGAGGUGGAGCUUCCGACACUUUCACAGCAUCUGUGACCUCUGCUGGCAAACCAGCACCAAACUCAUUAACAGCCAUGACACGGAAAUAAUAGAAGCUUCCUUCCUGAAGAUUGUCGAUCUUGUAUGAGUUUCUCACACAGUUGCUACAAACGCUUGUGAAUGCCUUUCUAGCCUCUUCUCGUUUUUCUACAAUGUAGUGGGAAAUUUUUGUCCCCCCAUCAAUGAGGGGUGCCUCCCAAGAUAUUAAGACGGAAUCCCUCUUCACUUCCUUUACCUCGAGGUUAGUUGGUGCGCUGGGAGAGUCCAGUACUCUGACAUUGAUGAAAGCUGAUUUUGAACCACUGUGGUUCUCGGCAGUCAACACAUACUUUCCAGUGUCAUUUCUACUGACAUUCUCAAUCAGUAACACAGUAUAGGAGCUUGUUACCUCAAUUUGCGCACGCUCACUGAGGGCACCACCUUCUUUUGACCAUUUCACCUCGGGUUCUGGCCUUCCUCUGAUGCUGACAUAGAGACGUAAAGUCGAACAGGCUCUUAUACUGACAAUCUUCCUCAAGGCACUGUCCAACUCGAUCUCAGGGGGCUCCAGUUUCUCAGCAGCUAACACAGGCCCAGGUAGUUCUACAGGCUCUCCAACUCCUGCAGCAUUUACUGCACGUAUGCGAAAAUUGUACAUUGCAUUUUCUCUCAGUCUAUUCACUGUGUAGUUUGUGUCUUCUACACCUGUACUAGGUGUACAUGUGGUCCACUCAUCUUCUGCUGCUUCCUUCAUCUCAACAACAAACCCACUGAUGUCUGCUCCACCAUCAUAGAUGGGCCUUGACCAAGUCAGAGACACAGUUCUGCAGGAAUAGUCUGUCACUUUUGGGUUGGUAGGGGGACCAGGUGGGUAGGUAGCUUCACAUACCUUGAUAUACUCACUUGGUUCACUGGGUGCACCAACACCGGCAGCAUUCUCAGCCAAUACUCUAAACUGAUAGUAGUGUCCCUCUGUGAGCCCUGUGCACCUGAAACGCGAAUCGUUUAGUCUUCUCCUAUUGCAUUUGGUCCACCUUACACCUUCUUUGUCACGUUUCUCCAGGAUAUAGCCAUCAAUUUCUGAGCCUCCAUCACUCUCAGGCCUUUCCCAUGUUAGCACUACAGAGUCACCAGUCACUGCAGUCGCUGUGGGGGUAGAGGGUGCGCUGGGUGUUGUAAAGGGAUUUUGUGCAAUGAAAGGGUCGGAUUCCAGAAAUUCCCCAACACCAAAUUUGUUUACGGCAGCAAUUCUGAAGAUGUAUUCUUUACCAGGUACCAGUUUUGUCACUUUGUAGCUUAGAGCUUCAACAUGAGACUCAACCCCUGUCCAUGUAACACGACUGGUCUCCCUUUUUUCAAUGAUGAAAUGGGAAACAUUGGCACCACCAUCAUUCAGAGGAGGGUUCCAGUGGAGAUUACAUUUCUCUGCACUGACAACUUUCACCUUCAGAAGUCCAUCAGGAGGACCAGGUUUAUCUAGGACUUUAACAUUAACUGGGAUUGAUAUACUUCCACCAGUAUUAUUGAGGUUCAAGGUAAAGUGUCCACCAUCCACUCGUACACAGUCCCUCACUGUCAAAGUUGUAUGAGUCAGGGUGUUUUUGACCUCCAUUCUUGGUGUAACUUUGUCAAUUUCUUUACCAUCCUUGAGCCAAGUUACUUCCGGAAGGGGUUUCCCAAAAUAAUCAGCAUCAAUAAUGAAUGUCUCACCAGCUUGAAAAACAGAGGUGUUCUUGAACUUUGGAUCAAUGUAUGCUGUGGGUCCUUCAACAACAUCUUGAGCAAUGAUGGUUACGCUGUCUGAAGGUGUACUCCAAACACCAGCAGCAUUUUUAGCAGUGACUCUAAACUCAUAAUUUUGGCCUGCUGUCAAACCUGUGACUGUGAACUGAUUCUCAAUAACAUUUGUGAAGUUUGCUUUCAUCCAUCUGCCAUCUGGUAGCUCCUUCUUUUCAACAACAUAGCCUGUGAUAGUGCUUCCACCGUGGUUUCUUGGUUUCGCCCACUGAAGUGUGAUAUUCUCUCUAGUUAUAACGACAGCUUCAGGUUUACCUGGUGGAUCACAGGGGUCUCUCGCCACAUAGCAUUCAGAUAUUUUGCUUGUCGGGCUGAGUCCAGCAAUAUUCUCAGCAAAGACUCUGAAUUCAUAUUCAAUUCCUUCCUCAAGUCCACUAGUUUUGAAUCGAGCAUCGGGUAUGACAAGUUUGCUCAGUUUGGUCCAUAAGAUGCUGUUCUUCUCUUUGCGCUCAAGGUGGUAGCCAAUGAUUGGACUUCCUCCAUCUUUGGCAGGGGGCUCCCAUUCAACCACCAUGCUGUACUUUGUCACUGUGGAUGCAAAAGGGGUGCCAGGAGCAGUGGGUACACUAAAAGGAUACUGUGCAAUUACAAAAGGAGAGGUGAUUGCAGAACUCUUCCCGUACCUAUUUUCUGCAAACACUCUGAACUGGUAUUCAUUUCCUGUCUUCAGUUUGGUGACUUUGAUUGUUGUUCUUACUGUUGUUGCAGACACAGUUUGCCAUUCAGUGCUUGAGAUGUCCCGUUUCUCCACUACAUAGUUGUCUAGUUGACAGCCUCCCAUGUAUUCUGGUGCUUCCCAGGAGAUGAUAACAUAGUCAGAACUGAUCUCAUCAAUCCUCACAGGGCCUGUGGGUGGGUCGGGCUUUUCAAGAACAACCACAGUGAUUUCUCCUGUAUAUUUUCCAGCACUGUUGCUUGCUAUUAUAGAGUAUUGACCAGAGUGCUCCCUAGCAGCAUGUCUGAUAUGAAGAACUGUCAGAGAUGAUGGAUUCAAAACCUCCAGUCUUGAUGUCUCUUUGACUGCCUGCUCAUCUUUUUUCCAUUCAAUCUUUGGCGCUGGAUGUCCCUCCACUGGGAUCUCAACUUUCAGAUCUCCACCACUCUUGACAGUAAAAGUGUUAUAAGUUAUCUGAAGUUUUGGCUUAGUAGCAUUUUCCACUUCCGAGCCAGUUUGCACCGAAGGGUCUGGAACAGGCUGGCCUGGGGAAAAAAAAAAACAUUAAAGGGUAGGACUGAUAGGCAUAUUACUUGAUCAGACUAGUAAUUCUAUGAGUUUUAAAUUCAUUUGUUUUAAAGCAGAAAUUUGUUGAGGGGUGCAAUAAUGAAAAGUGGAUGGAUUUAUUCACUUAUCCCAUUAUUUUAAUUUAUUCUUUAGCCGGAAAAUUUCUUUGAAAAAGAAUGGCACAAUUUGAGGUACAUAUUUAGUAGAUCACUGUAUUUUUAUCAAGUGUGUUAAGGCUAAGCACUAACAAGUUCAUAAGUCAGUGUUUGAACCCAAUCAUUUCAAUCAUGAGAACUAUUCACGAGUGGUGAAAUAAAGAUUUGAAGAGAAACUAUAUUUAAUUUCAUGUUUGUGAUAGGAUGAGUAUACCUUGGACAAUGGCUGUUGAAGAUGACUGGGAAUCCUCUGCUGCGAGGGCUGCAUCAGUGUCUGGUGUCACAUUUAUAUUUAGAGUGUGAGCGUUGUCCCCUGCUUUCUUUUCUGUCUGAAAAAGAAAUUAGUACAAAACUGUUUGGCAAUAUAAAAUAACAGAUUGCUUCAACGUGUUCUUUUUCCCCUGUGUUUUAUCAGACUUAAGGUAGAAUGUAUGAUAUCAAUAAAAGCAAAAGAAGGAAUGAGACAAAAAUAACUUUGGUGUUUCACAACAUGCUAGCAUGUAAGCUUGGAUAGUGAGUGGUAUGAGUCAGUAUUAGGGCUAUACACUCUGUCUGUGUUUAAAAUAAGCAGAGGCAUAUCUGACCAGGCCUAGAUCUACCAAACUGUCAAAAACAUGUUAUUCUACCCUACAGUUCUAAAAAGGUAUUAAGCAUUUUUCUCAGGAGAAAAAACACAUCUUGUUCCUGUGGAUUACUCCAUAAACAACUCUUAAGCAAGUAAAAGUUUUAAGAUUUUAAACAAAGCUUUACUUACUUCUUUGUCACUGGCGUCCAUCCUUUAAAUGUCAACAAAUCAAACAAAUCAAAUCUUAAUUUAAAAUUCAACUAGGUCAGUAAGCCACUCAGCUACGAUUUCUUGACUACAGAGAGUCCUCAAAUCUUGAGGCAGAUACACAGAGCUCUGCCAAUCACUGCCUGUUUUAUCUCCACACACUUGCUGUGACUGAAAUAACCAUGAUGCCUGAUUGGCCAGCUGCUCAUUCCUUCAAAGUUAGUUGAGCCUUUAUGUGUCAGCUGGAGAGAUCUGGAAGGCUGUUAUGUAGUUCAGUAUUACAGGAAGGCUAUUUGAGUUACAAGGGGGUUUUACAACCUCCAUCCAUUGUGUGUUGUCUGUAGACUAUUUGUUGCUGACGAGUUGGUACACUAUGUGAACACAAAUUACGAAGACUUGACAUGUAUCAAUGACCAACUUAUCCAACUUUGUAUUAAUGUAGUGUAAAAUCAAGAAAGCUAAAUGAUAAGAAUCUCAAAAGAAUUACAGGUUUAAAGUACAAAAACAUCUUUAUUUGCCCAUUAGCCACUAAAAGACAAUGACUAAUGCCAGCAUUUAACCACUUUCUAGGUAAUAUUACUGUUAAUGAGCAUGUUGCUAGUGACACCUUUUAUUUGGUCAUAAGAAAGGAAAGGCAUAAAUACCAAGCUAUUUUCUGAUUAUGGGUAGCAGGUGAUUAAAAGUACUGUGUGUAAAAAUGGGAAUACAUAGUGAUAUUCAGCAGUCGGAUCCUAGAUUAAAAUGCCACCCUGCUCACCCCUUAGUGUACCACUCAUCUCCUAACAGACAAGAAGCUCACUAGUUAGAGACAAAACUAUGAUUGCCCUGAUGUAAUGGUCCGAAAUAUGAAAAAUGUCUCGUCUUACCCCAAUUUCCCUUACACUUCAAAUUGUAGGCACACAUCCCACAGGACUAUUCUCUCACUGCAAUAAAUCGACAACAAACCAACAAACAGCGAUUAAAAUUUUUCUUAAAAGAGUCAAAUCCAGAACAACACUCCAGUUCAGUAGGUGGCGGUAAUGCGCCAUUUAGCUGGUUUGUCAACCGCCAAUAAAAUCCGAAGAAGACGAAAAAGAAGACGACGACGAAGAAGAAGAAGAACAGCUGAGGGGACCGUGAGUAGACGAGUCACCGGCGAAAUGCAGAAAUGAAUAAAAUAAGGUUUUGAAAUGUGUCUUUAUUAGGCUUUGACUUUUGUUUAGAUCAAUGACGCUGACUUUGAUAGUUGCCAACCCCCUCAAGAGCAUACUGACUGAUAAAUGUGUCAUGGGAGAAUAGCCAAUGAAACAAACGUGAGUAAAUAUUGAAAGAAUAAUGUUUUCUUUUUCACUCUCAUUUUUAGACUGCUGGCUUUGUGUCGUCCAUUGGCUGUAGAUUUGGUAACACACCUUUAUUAGCAUUACGUGUCUCUUUCAGUGCUUCAAUAUUGUGUAUCCCCAAAUAUUGGUUUAUAAGUCUUUUAAGAUUAAGACUUUGAAGUCCUUGUUUCAACAGGACCCACAAUCCCCCUGUUUGAUGAUUAAUCCAAAUGAAACCUUAUUGUCCUAACGCAGUGAACCCUGUUGUCAUAUUACACUUGCCUGCCUCUGUUCACCUGCAGAUCCAGCCAUGCCUCCACCGUUUGUGUACAGCAAAAAGGACUUUGUCUCAGAUGUGUGUUGGAGUAGAGGUAGCAGACUGAUUCCAGCAAAGUUUGACACAGCCGUCCAAGCAGGCUGGAUAGAAAGGAUGGACAAAGGACUCUUCCGCUACCAUCUCGGGGAUCUACAAACACGAGUCCUGCCUGGCGCACAUGGCUUUGUGGCCCAGCUCAAUAUCCAAAGAGGAACAGAGAGGAGGAAGCCUCAAGAGAUACUCAGCAUUCAGCAGGAGUUUAAUGCCAAACAGUUUAAUUUUAAUAAAAUAAAUCCAGAAGAAAUCAUAUUUGAGAUGAUAAAGGACACAGGGGAAGUAAAUGAAAGAGGACAACAGCAUCCACCCUUUAAGAUGGUUGUGCUCGUCAAUGUCAGCCCACUUGAAUUUGGACAUUGUCUCUUUGUCCCAGACCCCUCACUCUGUUUCCCUCAGAUCCUGACACCUUUCACCAUCCAAAGUGGUAUUGAAUCUGUGCUGCUCAGCUCCAAUCCUGGCUUCCGUGUGGGUUUCAACAGUCUUGGUGCUUUUGCAUCUGUCAAUCAUUUACACCUCCAUGGUUACUACUUGGAUCAUAAGCUCAAGAUAGAAUCUAUCCCAGUAAAGGCGCUGGUCCCUGAACAGGGGCUUUAUCACAUGUCAGACUUUCCUGGUGGCUUUUUAUUUUACACAGAGUCAGAGCAGGUGGAGAAGGUGGCCCGAGCCAUCUGUAGAGUCACAGACUUUUUUGUGGAGGGUAACAUUGCUCACAACCUGUUCAUGACUAGAGGGUGCCCCCCCUGUGAGAGCAUCCCUGGUGAAAAAGAUCGCUGCUUAAGAAAAGGUGUUCGAGUCGCCGUAUGGCCCCGAAUAUCCUGCUUUGGUGCCAAAGAGGAGUCUGCCUUAAAUGUCGCUCUUUGUGAACUGGCCGGACAUUUACCCUUUAAGAACAAGAAGGACUACGAGCUCACAACAGAGAGAGAUGUAAUAGAUAUUAUUCAGCGGUAUCUUCUGCCUGAUGAGGAGUUUGACACACUGGAGCAGCAGCUUACUCAUCUCUUGAAAGAUUCGUAAACUUCUCAUCAAAGAAUAUUUUAAUCAUGUGCAUGAGUGACGUGUUUCUCACAGCUUCAGUUUACAUGUGUGACAGCAACUUUAAAAUGACACUGUAGCUCCAUAACCUGUAUGUCAUCACCUGCAACAGCACCUGUCAAUACUGUAGAUACACAUAUUCAAUGAAUGACAUUGACCGUGAGUGAUUGAUCCACUCACAAAAAUAAAAGUGCACAGGAAACACGUGUUGCUGCAGUGCUGUUCUCUUGUGUCAAAGUGAAACAGUAGCAUGAGCGGGAUGGUUAAACAUGAGGUUGUGUAAACUGAAAAUCUCUUAUGAUGUGACAACAGUGUGUCUAAGAAUGAGCCAUUAUGCCAAAGUGUUUGCUACUUUAAAGCUUCUUCUUUUUUUUCUAUGAACAUGUCCAAGCUUGUGUCAGAAGACCUGAGAAAAUGUUUAUUCAGAAACACCAAUGUGGGCUGACGUCAUCUCUAUCUAUAGACGUAGAUUGUUGCUGCAAAGAUGUUCAUCUGGCACGAGAAUCAACACAGGCUCAAGCUUGAUCACAUGCUGCAUAACCUGUGUAAAAUAAGAAGUGACAUGUGACUCUA